AUGCACAUGUUAGCAAGAAAUUUCGCUUGGAAACUUGAUCAACACAUAGAAAAAGAAGAUAUUAGGGAAAUGUUUGGGCAAACCCUCAAGUUCAAGAAGGUGUACCUGGGCAAAAUUCAAGAUAACAAAUGUGUCACAGUCGAAGGCACAUUUAAAAAAUAUCUUAAUAACAAUGGUAUGUUGUGUGAUCAUGAUACAUCAACCCUGCAGAAAAAGUGUGAAAAUUUAGCUCAUUUUUUAUACGAACAGUCCAACCAUGAACUGAUCAUAGUCGACAUGCAGGGAAGUGGGUACUCUCUUUUUGAUCCUGAAAUUGCCUCAAAGAAUUUGCGAGAUGGAGAUGAGCUUCUUUUUUCGACUGGGAACUUGUCCAUAAAAUGGACAACAUAA